ACUCUCUCCUGAUGUUCACAGAUGGACAUCUGUGUGUCUUCCCUACAGCACUGCACAGCUGAUCGAAGGAGCUGCCUGGUCACACAAAACCCUGACUGACUUAAAAAUAGACAACACAGAGAUCUCUAUGCCACACGCUCAAGGACAAAAAAAAACCAAGAAUUUGCACACAAAACUCAGCCCACAACCCUUCCUCCCUCCCCUUCCUGCCAUCUGUGCUCUGCACUCUCCAGAGGACUCUCUCUCUCUCUUGCUCUCUCUCUCUCGCCCUUCCUGCUUGCCGGGCUCCUCGGAGGAUGUGUCUGGAAAUCUGGGAGAGGAAGGCGUUCUGUAUCUUUCUCUCUGGUCUCUCUGGAUGCUGCUGUGGGGUGCAGCCCACCUGGACGUCUUCUGCGCCACUGCUGCAGUCGCUCCCAGCCACGGGGAAUGUCGGAUGACCACGAGACAGGCCACACUGAAGGCGAGGUGUGGCCCGAGCUGGAGAAGGCAGAGAAGCUGGCCCGCGGAGCCGCGCUGAAGUGGGCAUCAGGAGUGUUCUACAGGCCCGACCAGCUGGAGAGACUGGCGCAGUACCGCAAGAGGGAGACCCAGAGGACCGCCUCCAUACAGCUCAGGCUCAAGUCCGCCGUGCAGUCGCACCUGGAGGGGGUGGGAUGGGGGCUGGAGCAGCUGCGGAGCGCCCGGGAGGCAGCGCGGGAGGCGGCGCGCGCCCUGGAGGAGGCGCGGGCGGGGUCGCGGGAAAACGCCGAGGGAUUCCGCUCCCUGGACCACCUGCGGGAGGUGGCCUUCCGGCACGAGCAGCUGCUGGCCGCCGCCAGUAACCUGCCUCGACUCUGUUCCGUACCGGCAGUGGUCGCAGAAACCCGGCGUCUGAUCAAGACGAGGCAGCUCCUGGAGGCCCACGCCAGGCUAAUGGAAAUGGAGAGCUGGCAAAACAGCGUCUUGUGGCAGUUGCAGCGGGUUCGAGGGGGUGCACCUAGCCCAGAGGAGGAGGCCCUGGUCUUGGGGUACUUUGCGGGCGUUAAACAGCUGGGCGAGGCCCUGGCUACGGAGCUGUGGGCGGUGAUCGGCAGUGGGCUCUCCCUGGUCCGACAGGACCCCACUCCCUUCGUGUCGGCCGUCCGCAUCAUCGAGAGGGAGGAGAGCAUGGACCAGGCCUUCCUGGAGGAGCGCGCGGCCGGAUCCCGUGCCCUCCUGCCCCCCGGGCGCCCCCGGCAGUGGCGCGCGCGCUUCUUCGGAGUGAUCGAGGAGGCCAUCGCCACCCGUUUCCGUGCCACCUACUUGGACAUCCGGGGGCCCGGCCUGGCCAGCCACCUGACCGCGCUGCAGAACAGCAUCAUGAGCGAUCUGAUUGCGGUCAAGCACUUGCUGGAGCAGUGCUGCCCACCCCACUACCGCAUCGCCCACACCUACCUCAUCAUGUGCCACAAGUGCUUGUGGACCCACCUCCAGCAGGUCAUCAGCUGGGACCUGGACAGCAGUGAGAUCUUCACAGUGCUUAAAUGGGUGCUGCACAUCUACCAUGGCCCGGAGAUGAUGGGCCAUCCAGACCUCUGCUCAGAGGUGGAGGCUGAAGAAUUGAAACCCCUCAUAUCGCAGGAGGCACUGGAGAAACUUCAGAUGAAAUACGUCAACACCGUCAGGAGUAGUGUGUCAGAGUGGAUGCAUAAAGCUCUAGAGGUGGAGCUGACAGACUGGCAGAGAGACCAGGAGCCUGAGACAGAUCAUGAAGGCUUCUAUCACACCAGCAUGGCCACCAUCAUCACCCAGAUGCUGGAGGAAAAUGUACGUGUGGCCCUGAUGAUCAGCGAAGCACUGCGAGACCAGACUAUCCUCAUGGGGCUCUAUGAGAUGGAGAGCUUUCUUAACAGGUUUCAGGAGAGACUGGUGGCCUUUGGGAAGGAGCACCAGAAGGACCGGACAACCCCCAAGUACUACGUUCAUUACCUGCUGGCGGCCAUCAACAACUGCAUCAUUCUGAAGAGUGCUACUGAGAGCCUCCAGCAGCAACGUAGCUCAGCCUCCCCCUGCCUCUCCAGCAGAACCCCUCCCAGCCCUCAUGUUGCAUUAGAGAAGGCCAUCAAGAGAGCCUGUCAUCUGGUUAUUGAUGAGCUGCUCUGGGAAGUGCAGCCUCAGUUUCUGCAUGUGCUGUGCCGCUCAUGGCUGGGAGACAGUGAGCUAAUGGACAGCCUCUGUGGAGCUGUGGAGCAACACUGCAAUCUCUACAGCCGUGCCAGAGAGCCCUGUCAAAAGCAGCUGGUCACGGAGAGCCAGUGGGCUCUGGUGGUGGAGUAUGUGCGUGCCCUCAUGCAGAAGAGGAUGGUGUGCCGCAGUGCCGAGGAGCGUGGACAUCUUGCCGAGAGGAUGGUACAGGACGCACAGCAGCUUCAGGAGCUCUUCCUGAUCAUGGCUGGAAACGAAGAGAGUGGCAGCGGUCAGAGGCAGCUGGGCGGAGAGCUGCUGAAAGUGCUCCCGGCGCUGGCAGAGAUCGUCCGGCUUAAGGACCCUUCCAUGCUGACCCUGGAAGUAUCAGGGCUGGUGGCAAAAUACCCGGACAUCAGUGAGGAGCACGUGUCUGUGCUGUUGGACGUCAGGGGAGACGUUCCAAGGGAGGUACGUGGGACAGUCCUGGAGAUGCUGGAGACAAGCGCCCCUCCCCUCCCCCCUGGGUACCGCCCAAUCUUCACCAACAUCCUCGUCCCACCUCCUAGUAUGCCCUUCUGCCUGCCCACUGUCAAGUGUGCCUGAUAACAGAUGGAAGCGGACAGCCAUAGAGGGGCACAUUAGGAAUGAGAAAACAGGACUGCUGCCAUUGCAGAGGUUUCCUUGCGACUCAGUAAGCCAGGGGUGCUAAGGCAGCACCCUAGAAAACUUCGAGUCGAGGGAAAAGAGUCAAGAUGGGAUGUGCAUUAAGGACUCUCAGGUGAUAAUUACAAGAUUGAGGCGUUUAAAGAUAUUAUGCAUUCCGCAUAUACUGUACCAAAGACCCUGGAAGCAGCACUGUAGCCCAGGGCAUGUGUCUAAUGUAACAAGGCUUUGGAAAGUGUUUUACUUGCAUCUCUAAAUGGAGCCCUAGGACUUGUUUGAUGCUCACCUACUGUAUAGUAAAAUUAAAUCAGAACUAUUACGGCA